GAAUGUUUACGUGUUUUAGAGCAACGAUUAUCCUGUUAGUCGAGUCCUCGAGAAAUCCAGUCUAGCUGUCAGAAUAUCCAAUCGAAGCGUGUGCGACUCGAUAAAAGACGUCACCUUAUUCCUUGCUUACAAAGUACGCACAUAGGUUGACAAUGUUAAUGUUGUCCCGAGUCUUUCGGUAAUUGAAUAUGUGGUUAAUUUCAGACGUUACGAAUUAUCGAUUUUUCGAACGAUAACAGGUAAUAAUAACGUCUAAAAUUAAGAGGUGCACUCGGGUAAUCAAAAUUGAAACAGGUGCUGGACAUUUAUGAAGUCAUUGGAGCAACGAUGCUAUCAGUCAGACUACUGAGGAAUCUCUGGAAAUACCAGACGUACCGGAUAUUUAGUCGAACACGGGCUUUGAUGAAACGCGUCACCUUAAGCAUAGUCUACGAUAACCAGUGGGAGUAUGUUGUUUACAAGAAGUGUUGGAGUGCCGGGUCUGCGAGGAGGUAUUCUCGGUGGACGGCGUCAAGGUGCCCCGCUUGUUGCACUGCGGUCACACGGUGUGUCACUCCUGUCUGCUGCAGCUGAGGACCUGCAUGUCGGACCAGCAGUUCCUCCUGUGCCCGUUCGACCGGCAGCCCACCAGUAUACGCGAGAACAGCGUUUACGGCUUGAAGAAGAACUUCGCGCUCAUCGAGCUGCUGGAGAGGCUCGAGCAGUCCAGCAGCGAGAAGAGCCUGGUGCUGGAGCGCGAGAGGCUCCAGUCGAAUCAGCUGUGCGACGAGGACGAGGCGCACACCGCGGUGCUCUACUGCACGGUAUGCGCCACGCAUCUGUGCGAGGCCUGCGACACCGCCACCCACUCGUCCAAGACUCUCGGCAAGCACAGGCGCGUGCCGCUGUCGGAGAAGCCCUGCGAGAAGCCCCGCUGCCCGAUACACACCGCCCACGUCGCCGAGUUCACGUGCACCCAGGAGGGCUGUCACAACUCCCUCAUGUGCUACCUGUGUAAAGAAUACGGCAAGCACAGCACGCACAAGCCAGCGUUGAUGGAGGAGGAAGCGGAGAACAUCAGGAAGUCCAUUAUCGCGGCGUUGCAAAAGAUGACGCAGUUUAUGGAAAGCAUGAGAGACACCGCGCACAGAAUAGAAAUAGUCACCGAGGAACUGGAGGGCUGGGCGAUCGAGGACGCGAGACGGAGGGUGCGGUAUCACUUCGAGGAGCUACGAGCCGUGUUGGCCGAGCAGGAAAAGACGGCGAUGGCGUACGUCGAGACGGAGACCCGCGGCAGACUGUACGCGCUUAGACAGCAACAGAAGGAUCUCACCACCACGAGGUCGCAGGUAGCCGGCGUCUGCAUCCAGUGCGAGAGCAUACUCGACUCCGAGGACUGGAAGUUGCUCAGCAGCUCCGAGAAAGUCAAGGAGGUGCUGGCCACUUUGGAACAACAGCAGCAGCAUUACGCGCAACUCGGCCCGGAUUUUCUCAGCCCCGAGUCGUCUAUACCCAUCAUCUUUAGCCGAGAUAACAGGAUACACAUCGGAACGAAGAUCGAUAUGCGCGUGGUGAUUCUGGGGCUGGACGGAGCGGGGAAAACGAGCAUCCUGUCCGCGAUGAGAGGCGUUACGCUGUCGGAUCCGCCGAUCCCUACGAUCGGCUUCAACGUUGAGAGCUUGGAGUACCAGAAUCUCGUGUUCACUCUGUGGGACGUCAGCGGCCAGCAGAAGUUCAGACCGCUGUGGAAGCACUAUUAUCACAACACGCAGGCAGUUAUCUUCGUGGUCGACGCCGCCGACAGGUCUCGCUUCGAAGAGGCGCAGAACGAAUUGUCCAAGAUACUCUACGAACGUGAGCUGAAAGACGCACUGUUUUUGAUCUACGCCAACAAACAGGAUGUCGUGGGUUGUGCGAACGUCGAGGAACUCACCGAUAUCCUCGGUUUGCAUAAACUUUGCUGCGCGAGAGCUUGGCACAUCCACGGCUCGUCAUUGGUCACCAAUGCCAGUGGCGCGUUGCAGGGCCUCGAUUGGCUCACGCAGCAACUCGGUACUCACUGGACCGAAUGUAUAUAGAGCGUUCCUCCCCAUCUCUCUCUUUCCUUUUUUUAUAUAAAAA